AGCUGUGCACACUAACACGGGAUACAUUCACAUGCUUGUUGUACGCCCCUUCAUUACCAACGACACACGAAUGAGCAAACUAACGAUGCUGAACAAUACCGACAUCUUGUCCAACAUUCCACCGCUCGGUGGUAAGGAUAGCGCCCAGCACCGGGAAGUGGUCGCCCGGUGGCGUGUGCCCAUGUACGGGAAGGUGUACGAGAUCGAGUUCGAGCACGGUACGGCUAGCGGGAAGCGUGUGCUGUGGAUCGAUAAGCAGGAAAUGUUCCGCCGCGACUGGAUGUUCAAGCUGGUCGGCGAGGACAUGUUCAAGCUGGAGGAUAAACGGUGCAUCAUACGGGUCGAUCCACUGCCCGGCUUCCGGUACAGCUACUCGCUGUUCGUGGACGGCAAAUCGUACGAGCAGUUCACGGAAAGUCAAGCCAAAGCACUCAAAACAUGGGAAGCAAAGCUGGGCGAUAAUUUCUACCGCAUCGUGCUAGAAAAGAAUACCCUAAACAUCUACGUAAAUGGAAAGCUUAUUGAGGAAAAUGGCGAGUUCGUAGAAGGUGGCACCGAUACAACGUUCACCGAGGACAGCAACACGUUCGUGCUGAGCGCCCGUACGAGCGGUAACAAACGUGAAGGCAUAAUUCACCAGUUGACGGUAAACGGUACGGAAGUUCCUGACUCCGGUGCGAUGAUGUGAUGCAAAACAAUGACUCCUUUCGGAAGCGAACAUCCCCUCAUGCAACGCGCAAUACUCACUUGCAGAAAUUGAUUUUAUAAUUUUUUAUUUGAAAUAGUUUCAAUUUCAGCGAUCCGUUUUUCUGUUUUCUGAAGGUGUUUCAUUCCCUCGAUACUGCUUAGUGUCAGAGUUAUAAGUUAAUCGUAUUUUUGUAUUUUGUUUUUUGUUUUUCAACGAACAAGGAAACAAUCUCUUUCAGGGCUGAGGCAGGACACGAUGGAUGGAUCGAAGAAAUGAAAUUAUUGUGAGACAAAAAAAAAAGGGGGGGGG